AUGCCUGCGCGUAAAGUUGAUAAUAUAAUAGUAUCUCAAAGUUGGGACAAAAUCGAAGACUGGAAAUUUGAGGAGCGUUGUGGUAUGAUAACUGCGGAUACUUUCUUCUCCGAUCAGAAGUACCUGUUCUUGCAUAAUAUAUAUUCAAAUGACCAGCCUGCGCGCCGACAGUCAUAUGGACGAAACAAUGACACUGGCCCCAGAAAUACCUACCCCAGUGAUUCCAGUACCAGCACCAACGAUUCCAGCACCAACGAUUCCAGCACCAACGAUUCCAGCACCAACGAUUCCUGCCCCAGCAAAUCCUGCACUUAUGGAUCUGGAUAG